CCUACCCUGAGCACCGGGUCGCUGGUCCAACUAUGGAGGCAACUACAGAUCUUCAGGACACAGCCUCGUUAACGAUAACUCCGAAGUUUGAGUUUAACCCAAAGUGGGGCAUUGAUAAUCCUGUCCUCUCUCUGGCUGAAGACUACGACCCCUCUGAUCUCUGGAGCCUGCAGCGGCCUCGUUUCUGUCUGCUGAGCAAAGAGGAAGGCAGGAGUUUUGGCUUCCACCUGCAGCAGGAGCUGGGCAGGGCUGGGCCUGUGGUGUGCAGGGUGGAGCCAGGCACCUCUGCCCAGCACCAGGGUCUUCGGGAAGGGGACCGGAUCCUGGGGGUGAAUGACCAUGUCGUGGAAUGUGAAGACUAUGCUGUGGUGGUUCGCUGCAUCCGGGCUAGCGGUCCUCGGGUGCUGCUGACGGUCUUGGCGCAGCACGUGCAUGACGUGGCUCAAGCUCAGCAGGGCAACAGUGCCCACCUCUGUCCUCCUCUCGGCCCGCGGGUCCGGCCCCGACUAUGCCACGUAGUGAAAGAUGACGGUGGCUUUGGCUUCAGUGUCACCUACAGCCAUCAGGGUCCUUUCUGGCUGGUGCUGAGUCCUGGAGGAGCAGCGGAGCGGGCAGGGGUGCCCCCGGGGGCCCGGCUGCUAGAAGUGAACGGGGUCAGCGUGGAGAACUUCACUUACAGCCAACUCAGCAGAAAGCUUUGGCAGAGUGGAGAGCAAGUGACCCUGCUGGUGGCAGGGCCAGAGGUGGAGGAACAGUGUCGCCAGCUGGGAAUGCCCCUGGCUGCGCCCCUGGCAGAGGGCUGGGCCCUGCCCACCAGGCCCCGCUGUCUGCACCUAAAGAAAGGGCCCCAGGGCUUUGGGUUCCUGCUUCGUGAGGAGAAAGGUCUUGACGGUCGCCCUGGACAGUUCCUGUGGGAGGUGGACCCAGGACUACCAGCUGAGAAAGCCGGGAUGCAGGCCGGGGACCGGCUGGUGGCUGUGGCUGGGGAAAGUGUGGAGGGGCUGGGCCAUGAGGAGACGGUGUCCAGGAUCCGGGCGCAGGGCUCCUGUGUCUCCCUCACUGUUGUCGACCCUAAGGCUGACCGCUUCUUCAGCAUGGUUCGCUUGUCCCCACUUCUCUUCUUGGAGAACACGGAGGCUCCUGCCUCUCCCCAAGAAACCUGCUCGGCCUCUCUGGUUGAAACCAAGGACCUACCAGAUGAAGGGACAACCAUGCCUCCUGUCCUGGGCGGCUCCCACCAGUGCUCCCUGUACCCUGGGCCUGGCGGUGCCUAUGGCUUCCGACUUAGCUGUGUGGCCAGUGAGCCUCGCAUCUUCAUCUCCCAGGUGACCGUAGGAGGUUCAGCGGCCCGGGCAGGGCUGCAAAUGGGAGAUGUGAUUCUGGAGGUGAACGGGUAUCCCAUGAGUGGAGAGAAUGACCUGGAAAAGCUUCAGCAGCUGGCCGAGGCUGAGCCACCCCUCCACCUGAAGCUGGCAGCGAGGUCUUGCCCGGGCUCGGAAGCCUGCAACCCCCCCACGUUCGGAGAGGACUGGGCUCCAGCGUCAGAGCUGCUAUAG